UUCAGACAGGGAGACAGACAGAUGGAGGGGGUGGGCGGCGAGGGGGAUGAUGAAACAGGAAACAGGUAAAGAUACAGAGAAAGAGAUCAGCACGCGGGCUCGGGGAGCGGGGGCCAAAAUUUGGUUGCGUUUUCGGAAAGAUUUUUUGGUGGAGCGUGGCGGAUGUGGGAAAGAAAAUGGCUGCCACCUAGGAGGAUCUAAUUAAUUUUGAAGGAUCAUCAGGCCCUUUAGUGUGAGGCAGGGUACAGGAGGUAGGGGAGGGGGCGCCAGGCAGACCCCUGGACUGAUUAGAAUUCACUGCAGGUAGGCGCUGGCUGCUGCUCACCCACUGUGUCACGGCUAAAAUGGAAUCACUGUUGUGAGUGGCAGUCUGGGCAAGUGGAGCCUGCCUUCCUUGGCCUGCUCCCCUUUGUUGGCACAAUUCACUUGAGUCUACCCCUAAGGCAGGUGGAUUUCCAUGUCUGCAUGAACCGGGGCAGCCAGAAAGGGAGAUAUAUGUACAGUAUGUUUGCUUUGCCUAACUGUAGCGCCCCUGGCAACAGGCUAGCCUGGCAGAUAAUAUUUGUCAUGGUGUUGGUGGCAAAUAGAAUUUUGGCACACGCAUAGAUGUUAUUCUGCUCUGAAUUUGACUAGGCAAAUUGGAAUAUGACAAGUUAUCUAACUUGCACCUAUAUUUUUGGUUCCAGAGUUGAAGGAAGGUCGAUAGCAAUAUUUUCAAGAAGUAGUAACACUUUCUCGGAGUAUGUUUGUUCAAUGAACUUUUAGCCUUAGCUGGCGCAAUCCCUUGAAUCUUUCCAUUCUGCUGUUUAGCAUGUCUCUUCUCUGACACGGACCGCCGUAGUUUGACAUGGCACUCAAGGCAAUAGGAGGCAUGACCUUUGAGUGCUACAUAAUGUAAGCUCAGACAGGACAUUUGUAUGUCGGAAUCUCCUUGUCCGUAACAUUCGUCUUUCGCCUGUGGUGUGGGGCUCCUCAGGGUUUUGUACUUGGCCCAGUUAUGUUCAGCAUUUGCAUGCUGCCACUGGGAAAUCUCUUCAAAGUUAUCCAUUUCCCAUUUAACGCAGAUGAUACCCAAAUUACCCAUUAUGGCUUAAAGACCGCCCGGAGGACAUUCAUACAUUGUUGGCCUAAAUUUCUCCCAAUUCAACUUAAAAAAAGACUUCAGCUUGACUUUUGCUUGCUGCUGUGUCAUUUCGUGAGACUUAUACUUGUUUCUUAAAAUUAAAAGCCAUUCCUCCCUCCUGCAGAAAAAUAUUUUACAUAAUGACUAUUAUUAUUAACUCCCAUAUAAACGUGCCGAGAACCGGUUUCAAGGUAAAGCAUGGUAUGAAAACAUCAAGGUUUCAAAACUGUAAAAUUUUCCAUCAUACCUUCCCCUUCUGUAUUAGCUAUUUUUUAUGUCCCAAAAAUGCAUGGAGAAAUCCCUCGCCUGCUGGUGCACCGGUUGUUGCUUAGUGUCAGAGAGUCAGCUGUGCUACACGAUGGCUGGAGGAAGUGAAACUCCUGAACUUUUUCCCCCAUAGAAGAAAACGAAAUCACUUAUAUGGGAAUACUUUGGCUACAGAAAAGUUACAGAUGGCCGCAGCUUAAAGGAGACGGGCCAACCGACAUUUAAAACAUGUUUGCGUAGGGUGGGUGCCGAGGAGGCAAUAUCUCCAAUAUGAUUUUGCAUGCAUACAAAAUUAAAGGUUAGUCAACACUGUCAUGAACGUUUCCCACCAGCUACGAGAGUUACAUGUAACUCGGCAGGUUUAGUGUGUUUUUUUUCUCUCUGGCAAUUGUCUGAGUUAAGAAAGAGAGUGUGUGUUUAAAAUGUAAACAUGAUAUGAGUCAUACACAUGUGCUUUUUAUGGAAAAUUAUUUUUGUUCUGAUAGUAAUAAUGUUGAGCUGUGGCUGUGGGUUUAGGAUCACCUAAAGCUGGGAUCCCCAACCACCGGGCCGGGGCCGGGGCCGGGGCCGGGGCCGGGGCCGGGGCCGGGGCCGGGGCCGGGACCGGUCCGUGGUACAUUUGCCAAGGGGCCGCAGAGAAAUAAUAAAUUAUUUGUUAAUGACCACAAUCUGGCCUGUGCCUCUUGACACAUCAAUACGCCUGUCUACUAUAGAUAUAAUAAUAAAACUGGAUAAGAAGCUGUCAUUGAAAUCCAUUGGAGCUAGCGUCUAUUUUUUUAUAUCUAUGUGUGCUUGCCCUCGAUAAAGACAUAGGUGCAUCAGAUUUUUUCCUGGAAAUAAUAAGGCCACAUGUUAGCGAAAAUAACCCAAAAACAGACAUCUUUUUUACGGGGUAAAAGCCAACUGCUGAGCGCGAAGAGUAGCCUACAAGUCCAUUCUGCAUAAUAUGUAGCUAAAAACUAGCAAACGAGGCAACAAAAGCAAAUUCACUGAGAGCAUCAUACCGCGCGGCAAAUCGUAUUGCUAAAGCCAAGAAAACUUUUUGAACGAUUGAAGAACUCCUUAUGCCUAUGACCAAGGAUAUUUACCGUCAAGUUUUAGGAGAGGACGCUGUUAAAAAAGGUUGAUUCUGCGUAUGGUGAUUUACAUUUUCCCUGCACUAAAUGUUUUAAAUCGUUUUUGGCGCCGUCAUGUUAUUUUAUAUUUACUGUAAUGUUCUGCCACACAUUGCCGGUCUGUGAAAAAAAAGGCACACAUCACACCAAUCCGUGGUGCAAAAAAGGUUGGGGAGCUCUGACCUAAAGGACAGCAUUUAUUUCAAUUUUAUCUAGAGUAUUACUUUUUAUAUUAUUUUAGAAUGUUUUUUUUUUUUUUUUUAUGUAUUUUGAUUAACAUUAUACCAAUGUUCCAAUUUGCUAAUAUGUUUUGAAAAAUUAAAAUCCUGUUCAAUGGAAAAAAGUAUUUUGGAUGUUUUUUAAACCCAGAUAUCUCAAAGUAACACAUUUUAGAGCUGUAACUGCAAUACCGUGAUAGCGUGAAACUGAUAUUUCGGUUUAAGGUUACCAUACCGUCUAAGGGUGUAACAGUACAUGCAUUUUUAUUGAAUCGUUUUGGUACGUGGUGCUCGGUUCGGAACGGUGGCGUACCGAACGAGUUUCUGACGUAAUGUAACCCUUACCUUUUGAGGCUGUGAGUCGAUCGGGUUACAGUUUUUUUUGUGUAGAUUAUAGUUACUCCGUCUCCUCUACUAUAAUGAGGACCAACACGGUAGGACAGUAUAACCCAGAAACUUCAACAGCGCGACAACGUGGCCGCCACGAAACGCAGUGAAAUGCGGGCGUUAAAGUCAAUCAGCCAAUGCACACCAGUCGCAGUGCGGCCGUGUGUUAGACGCGUCCCAGAAGCGGCUCAACACGACGCACGCGAAAAGAAUGGCAGAGUUUAUUAUUUGACGCGAGACGCGACCCUCCUGCGUCAAUACUACUACCAGUAGCUCGGAUCGGGCAGAUCGGAAGUCACUCGUGUAAAAAUACGGUGGAUCCGGGCGAUUUUCAAACUAAUAUGCAAUCGUAACCCACUUUUUGAGUCCAACAGAUCUCUUGAGUGGUAGAUCGGGGCACAGUUGACUUGUCUUUGUUGAUUUACUGCUGUCUUUUGUGCUAUAAUAAUAACCAACAUGGCCCCGUGUUCAAUACAAAGCCCUCCUACCACAACAAAACAAGUAGGAACUAAUAUUCACAUAGGAACCAAAGUUAUACAACAUAAAAUAUACAAUAUAAAUGAAUAUUACAUCACAUUUGUGAAAUAUAAACACAUAAUAAAAUAAAUAAUAGCCCAUUUAAAUAAAAUAAAUUGAAAUGAGUAAAACACCUGUAAUUAAAUAAUAAGAAUAAUACACAGAUCCUGCUUACACAAUUAAAUUUAUUAAUUUCUGUGUGGCGCUUUAACUUGAGAAAAUCCACCAAUAAAGCUUUUGAAAACCGUUCAUAAGGGGAAAAAAAUGAUUCAUUGAGGCAUUUCAUUUGUAAAAUACAUGUUAAAAUCUUUGUCAUUGGGAUUGCGUUUCUCUUUAGCACAGGACUUCUUUUUCUUCUUUCUUUCAGAAAGAAAGCUGACCAAUACGCGGGGUUUGAAAGGCAAAUUGUAGUUGGAUUAUCUUUAAAUACCGGCUACUUUUUGAGCAGAAUUCUAGCUUUGUAUAGGCUAAUGUUCCUAGUUUUGAAAGCACAAAGGCGCGUAAAAAAUAACUAGCACAUUUAUAUUUUGCAUUUUGUUUUCUUACUGUACCGAAAAUGAACCGAACCGUGACCUCAAAACCGAGGUACGUACCGAACCGAGAUUUUUGUGUACCGUUACACCCCUAAUACCGUCAGAAUUUCACACCGGCACAUGCCUACUCCCUUAUCCAAGUUAAAAAGAUUGUAUUAUCAGUACAAUUAAUCCAAAAUGAAGCGCCCACAGUUCUAAUGGGUACUUGAAAACAAGAGCAAAUGACACCAACCUGGCACCGACUGCCUAUUGAUUUUGCAAUUAUUUUAAAUUUAUACAUAUUAUUUCAAAUUCCCCGAAAUGUGCUGCCCCAACUACCCUAAUUUACUUUUCACGUCCCAUCAACGUGUAUGUGCCAAAGGUGGUUCUUACUAGUAUCGCCUCUUUCUAUACUAAAAAGAACAACAUAAAAAGUUCAAAAUGAAUAUUAACAUAAAUACAUUUUUUUAGCUGAUGGCUUGAGGGGAUGGGGGAAAAAAGAGCUCACGCUAUUAAAGUCAGAUUAUAUUCUUUAACAUGCAAACUGACAAAGGCAUUAUAAGUGCUGCUUUUGCUGCCAUUUACCAGAAGACUAGAAAUAUGUGAUGCAACUGUACAGUAAGGGAAAUUUGAUUGAGACAUGCCCUUUGACUGCUUCACACUACUUUAAAAGAUUUUCCCCUUGUGAGUGACCUGAAAUGACUCCGUGUCGCCUUCUAUUUUUUUUUAUUUACUGUUUUUUUUUGUUUGUUUUACAGGCUGUCCCUCAUACAGUAUAAAAGCUCCAGUUUAAAAACUUGCCUUAGUCUCUCAAAGAGCAAGUCACAUGCUUAAUGAUUUUGAAUGGUGGGCUUGUUUUUUGCAAUGAAUGUCUUGUGUGUUUAAUAUUGAAAUUCUUUUUUUUUUUUUAUUAUUUCAACUUGUUAGAACUGCGGGACGUCUUUGUCUUAUUUGAGCUGUUGGAGAUGAGAAAAUAGCGCGCACGCACACGCUCGCUCACCCACACACACACACAUACACACACACUGAGUGCAUUAAUUAAUGUGGAAUCAAGAUCGUUUUUUUAAAGGGUGUGGUUUUGUUGCCCAGUGACUCAGAUAACUGCUGAGAGACUCGCUUUCUCCAAUAUAAUUUUCACCCUUGUUGCGGGAUUGCAUACAGGACCAUCCUUAUUUUUGUGUUUUUGUUUUAAUUUGGCAUUGACAACUCUUCACACAUCUGUUGCAGCAUGUCAGAGAGCAACACAUGAUUUGGGAAGAGAGGACUGACAGCCUUGCCUAGCGCCCGGCCUCUGUUCAGCCAUCUCCACCAGCAAACUGAAGCUUGACCCGCAUUUCAUCACCAGCCGCUCGUCAUCUAACUGUCACAUCAGUUGCAAGGGGAUGACCGAGCGCAUUCAUAACAUCAAUCUCCACAACUUCAGCAAUUCUGUACUUGAGACCCUCAAUGAGCAGCGCAACCGUGGGCACUUUUGUGAUGUGACUGUUCGGAUCCAUGGAAGUAUGCUGCGAGCUCACCGCUGCGUGCUGGCUGCUGGAAGCCCCUUCUUUCAGGACAAGCUGCUUUUGGGCUACAGCGACAUCGAGAUCCCCUCGGUGGUCUCGGUGCAAUCCAUCCAAAAGUUGAUUGACUUUAUGUACAGCGGGAUUCUGCGAGUGUCUCAGUCUGAGGCCCUGCAGAUUCUCACUGCCGCCAGCAUCUUGCAGAUCAAGACCGUCAUUGAUGAGUGCACUCGCAUCGUAUCCCAGAAUGUGGGCCUGGCGGGCCCGGGAGGCUUCCCCGUUAUAUCCGGAGACUCCGGUCAAGACACCCCCCGCGGCACGCCGGAGUCCGGCACUUCGGGGCCGAGCAGUGACGCCGAGUCGGGCUGUAUGCAAACGUCCUCUCAGCAGAACGUGGAUCGACCGUACACGUCGCUGUAUCCCUACUCGGGCCUAUCCAACGGCACCCGUGAGCGCUCCCUUUACAUCAACCCCAAUUACGAUCAGAGUGGCGGCAUUCAGAAAGACCAGCAGUCGCAAGAUCCACCGUGGAUGAACCGAAUCCAGGAUAGAUCCCAGCAGGUGGAGCGCUUCAUCUCCCAGGCCGAGUCCACGCACUGUCGUAAGCAGCCCCGACCGGUACGGCUACAACCGGGCGGAAGGCACAUCAAGCAGGAAGCCGAAGACGAAUACGGUUGCUUUGACAGCGUUGCCGACUGCCAGGUGGAAAACGACCAUGCCGCGGGUAUUGUGAGCGAGUCCAAGGUGGAAAGUUUUGACUCCGGUGUCAGCUCUUCCAUCAGUACCGAGCCGGAUACCAUGGAGCAGCAGCCGUACCUGAGCUUUAACAGGGAAGGGGGUGGCGAAAGUCAGCAAGGGGAAGGCGGCCCGGUCGAGGUCAACGACUCGUCGCCGGAGCAAGCGCAGGAACCUGAUGAGGGCGACCAGAGCCACAUCACUAGUGACAAUAUCAUAAUGCAGCCCCUGGCCAAUCCAAUCAUGCCACAGUCCCUGGCCAGCGCCCCGCACUACCUGCGGCAGGUGGAGCCACACACCAGCAAUCUCCGAAUGCCGCACCCCGUGACCAGCAACUCCCAAGUGAUUGGCCCCACCACCGGGGGCACCUUCUUGCCCACUCUCUUCCCGCAGCCGGCUAGAGAUAGCAAGUCCUUCAUUUACCUUCCGGGCCAGCUUCCUCCCGCUGCCAUGCCGUCAUUCCCCAACGCCAUGAGCGUGCCGCCGGCGUCAUCACAGCAGCAACAGGCAAUGGGUCAGGGGGAGAAGAAACCCUAUUCAUGCACUCUCUGCUGUAAAACCUUUACUGCAAAACAGAACUACGUCAAACAUAUGUUUGUGCAUACGGGAGAGAAGCCUCACCAGUGCAGCAUCUGCUGGCGCUCGUUCUCCUUGAAGGAUUACUUAAUCAAACACAUGGUAACCCACACCGGGGUGCGGGCCUACCAGUGCAGCAUUUGCAACAAGCGCUUCACCCAGAAGAGCUCUCUCAACGUCCACAUGCGGCUGCACCGUGGAGAGAAGUCCUACGAGUGUGUCAUCUGCAAGAAGAAGUUCUCCCACAAAACCCUGCUGGAGCGCCACAUGGCCUUGCACAGCACAGGCAGCGCCAUCGUGGGGCUGACGGGCGCCGCCGGCACCCCCGGCCCUGUCUCUAUCCCCAUCACCCUCCCCAUGGCUGUCCCCGAGCCCGGCGCCGGAGUGGUGGCCCUGGCCAUGCCCGUUAGCGGAGGCGCAGGUGAAGGGCCCGUGGUGGGAACGGGAGUGGGCGUGGCAGCCGAGGCGGGCUGUCAAGAAGGGACCACCUACAUGUGUUCUGUCUGCCCCGUCAAGUUCGACCAAAUGGAGCACUUCAACGACCACAUGCGGAUGCAUGUCUCUGAUGGAUAAGUACAACUAGAUAAACUUCUCCAAAAGAAUGACAAACAAAUGGCACUAGAUUUUCCUUUUCUUCUUUUAAGGUAUGGAGAGUAAUGAGUAUAGACACUGGCACAUUAAGUUUCCCAAAAAAAAACAACAACAGAUUUUCUUUUUUGUUAUUCUAAAUAAACAAAAAGAUGGUGGCCUUAAGGCUUAGUAGUUUGAUAUUGAUCUACUGGAUGGAUCCUAACUACAGGCCUCUAAAUGUAUGAUUUCCUAAAAUACUGAUUUAUGUGUUGAACACUACCAAAAGGCCUACGAAAGAAACACAUACACACAAACACACUUUGAGUGUAGAUCUAGCUGAGCGAAUAUACGUGUGCAUCGUGUGUGGAUCUGCAUGUUUCCCAAUGUGCGUGUGUGUGUGUUUGUGUGUGUGAGAUGCCAUUUAAAAUGGCCCUUGUGAACCCAUACUGACCAGUUUGGAAACGAUAGAUGUCCACACUUACUGUGGUAUAAUUUAAAACAACAAUAACAACAACUUACAAAAUUGUCUAGGUGGGGUUGCAUGUUCCCUCUAAAAUACUGAGUCACAAGAUUGCCUUCUAAAGUCAAUUUAAAUCAAAGAAAGUACUAAAUUUGACACUGGGUUUUAUUUAUUCUUAUGGUAUUAAAAGAUUGUAAUGCAGCUGUUGUCAAGGUACAAAUUUCAAUCAGUUCCUGUCAAAGAUGGCAGGAAUAAUAUUUCGUAUGUUUUGUAUUUGUCCAUGCAUUUUUGAUGGUUCAGUUUACUAAAUUAGAUUGUGUUGAUGAGACAAAGCGGGAAAAAAAAAAACAAACGAACAAAAACAAAAAACCCAAAACAAACAGUUUUUCUGAACUCAUUUGCAUACACUGCCACUAAUCUCCUAAAAGACUGUUAGUCGAGGCUGCGCCAAUCAUAAAACGGGAGCCAUUUUUUUCCUUUCUUUUUAAAUACAGUUUUAUUUCUCAGCCAUUUUCCAGUCGCAGUUAGAGCAUCAGGAAUAAGACACUAAAAUCUCUUUCCUGUUUGCCGCUCCUCCCAUUAACAUCAGACUGUUACAGGCUGUAGAUUUUCAAACAAGAUUCGUCUCUCAAUCUAUUGUUGUUAACGAUUAUCCUACAUGGUGUUUCAUUUUCUAUUCUGUAUUUCGGGCUCUAAGUUGGCUGUGGAUUUCAACAGUGCACAAGCAAUAGGCAUGCAAUUUCAAUCUUUUUUUUUUUAAUUAACUGCCAUCUGAUUAUAGAUUAGAACCUGUUGAUGAUUUUUGCAAAGCUAACACUCCUCAGCCUGCAACAUUUUGAUCGGAGGAAAACAAAUAGCUCUCCCACACACAUACAGUGGUAUGAAAAAAAUAUCUGAACCUUUUGGAAUUUGUCACACUUCUGCAUUAAAUCACCAUCAAAUGUGAUAUGAUCUUUGUCAAAAUCACACAGAUGAAAAAACAGUGUCUGCUUUAACUAAAACCACCCAAACAUUCAAAGGUUUUGAUAUUUUAAUGAGGAUAGUAUGUAAACAAUGACAGAAGGGGGAAAAAAUAAGUAAGUGAACCAUCACAUUUAAUAUUUUGUGCCCCCACUUUGGCAGCAAUAACUUCAACCAGACACUUCCAGUGGCUGCAGAUCAGUCUGGCAUAUCGAUCAGGACCAAUCUUGGCCCAUUCUUCUCUACAAAACUGCUGUAGUUCAGUCAGAUUCCUUGGAUGUCUAGCAUGAAUCGCUGUCAUUAGGUCAUGCCACAUCAUCUCAAUGGGUUCCAAGUCUGGACCUUCACUUGGCCACUCCAGAACGUGUAUUUUGUCUUCUGAAACCAUUCUAAAGUUGAUUUACUUCUGUGUUUUGGAUCAUUUUCUUGUUACACCAUCAGGCCUCAAGUUUUCCCGCAAAACAUCCUGAUAAACCCAUGAUUCCAUUAAUGAUUGCAAGUUGAGGCAGGAAAACAGCCCCAAAUCAGGAUGCUCCCUCCACUACCUAUAAAUGUUUGGGUGGAUUUAGUUAAAGCAGACACUGUUUUUUAGGGCUGCAGCUAUCGAAUAUUUUAGUAGUCGAUUAAUCGAUGGACUGGUUAGUUCGAAUAAUCAAGUAAUCGGAUAAGGAAGAUGAAAAAUUAAAAUACCCGAGCUGAGCCUCAAACGGUAUAAGUUUAUUUUUAAAAAAUGAGGAUCUAUGUAAAACAAAAGAACAAUUGACUAACUUACAUAGAAAAAGUCCACUAGCUUAAAUGCUACAAAAUGCUAAAGUUUUUUUUUUUUUUUUACAAUGCUCUAAACAAAUGGUUCAGAACUUCAGACAAAUAUUCCCACAAAAAAACAGCUAUAUAUACCUAUAAACUAAAUUACGAAUGCAUUAAAAAACAUUAGCUCAAACAAAACCUUAACUUACGUUGGUCUUAACAAGGAGCAGUUGGAUUCAGCCAUGUGAAAAGAGGGCAGUGUAUCCACCCAAAUCAAUAAAACUAAAUCCAAACACUUUCGAAAUAAACCAUUCAAACGCCACUUUAAUUAAACGAAUACUCGAGGCAACAUUUAAUUUGAAUAUUUUUUUUCUAAUCGAAUACUCGAGUUAAUCGAUUAAUCUUUGCAACACUACUGUUUUUACAUCUGUGUGAUUUUGACAAAGAUCGGAUCACAUUUGAUGGUGAUGUUAUGCAGAAAAGUGAGAAAUUACAAAAUGUUUAGAUACUUUUUCAUACUCCUGUACAUCCGCAACUUGUGGAUGGGCUUUCUACAUGGUAGUAUACAUUCCAGUUUGUUUUUUUUCUAAAGCUUGGACACACAUUUACAUUUAUUAGAUAUUGAACCUACUGUGGGUAAGAUGUCAUACAUGAAUCAUGACAGCGCUUGAGGCUGAUAUGUGGAUUUUCACAUUUUCAACAGAAAUAGGACACACGCGCAUAUACAUGUACAUAUAUACUGUUUAUGUAUGUAUUAUAUAUGUAUGUACACAAAUACAUAUAUGUGUGUAUCUAUAUAUGUGUAUGUAUGUACACACAUAUAUGUAUGUAUAUACACAGUAUGUAUGUAUGUAUGUACACACACACACACUUACAUAUACAUACACACACACCUACUGUGUGCAAUUGCAAUCUGAAGGAUAAGCUCCUUUGUAAUGAUGUUGCUCACAGUGCUGCAGAUACACAAAAACGUGCUAUUUUGCACAUUUUCUUAAAAUGCCUGUGCUUAAUAUUUAAUCGUAUUCGUCAAAAAACUAUGAUUUUUUUUUUUUUUUUUUUUUUUUUUUUUUCAAUUUUAAAGUCAGAUUUUUUUUUUUUUUUUUUUUAAUCUUGAUAAGUGGACUGCGUUAUUUUCAUGCGUAUAUGUUGCACUGCUUAAACCAAUAAGUGCACUACUGUUAACAGAGAUAUAGUUUUAGAAAAGAGGAUUUUUAAAAUAAAAAAAAUCUAACAUUUGGUUAUAGAGUUCACGUGUUAGCAUAGCUUUGUUUCAAUUUUAAAGUAAUUGAGCGGUUCUUGGCUUUCGUUAUAGCUUGCGGUUACCUACAGUAUAUCAACACAUAUACUGUUUGUACAGUACUUGUGCCGUUUUAAUGCAAGCAUUUAUUUAAAUGUAUAACAUGACGUGUGCUCAUCAAUGUUUUACCUUUCUUUUUAAGUUCAUGUUUUAUGGAGUCACUUCCCUGUAACUCGAUAAAUAAGUUGCAUUUCUUUCGGAGACAGAUUUUUUUUCUUGAGAGCCAAACGGUGAAAUGGCAACAGUAAUAAUAACGGCAAUUUCUGUCUGACUUGGCGAUCGUGAUAAUAACAGCCAAUAUCACGCUAAUAAUAAUAAUAAAAAUAAUGAGAAAACAUUUAUUGUGAGCGUGAGUGCGUAUGUGUGUGUAUGUAUGUAACAUAGAUGAUAUAUGUGUCCUAGUACAACUUUUGGGCAGGCGUGGAAAGGUGAUGGAAUGCAGCUUCUUUGAUAAUACUGUAUGUGUCCGUGGGUUGUGCACCGUUGUGUCCUUUCCUUCCUUUAGUGAGUGUCGUCGUGUCUGUGUGCUUUUUUAGCCGAAUCAAACUGUUGAUAAGCGAAAUAUCUUGACCUUGUAGGGCUUCCUUUGCAAUACGCAGCGCAGGUACAACACACGGAGCAGCUCCUCGCCGCACCUUUUUGGGCUUGAAAACACCUUGAAAACUGAGUCAGAAGUCAGUUUUUUUCUCCAAAUUUCAUCCAACCGCAACUGAGAUUCUACUGUAGUUUCUCCCCAUGUUUAACAUUGAUAUUUAUUUCACAUUUAGCCAUCUCAUUUUUGGUGUGCGUAUCAGCCUAAAAAGAGAAAAACAAAAAAAUCGGUGCAGUCCCUGUUUUGUAACUGUUGCUGCCAGGAUGGCAAAUGUGCUGCAUGCUAGUGCUCUAUUUGUCUUGACACAGCACGUGGAGGGUCAUCUCUUGCCUUAACAGACAAUGCACUAAAUAGUCUAUGUAAGCAAACUGCCGAGUUCUCUUUUCCAACAGUAUUGCCACAUUUUUGGCACACAGCUUACGGUGCCUCGUCAGUCGAGCGCCAACACUGCCAAACUAAUGUCAUCUUUUCGUGCAGAGGCAGACACGUUUCAGUGUAAUGUACGUAUUCAGUGAUUUAGCAUUCCUUCAUGGCACCCGCUUUUUGCAUAGUUUGUAUAAACACAUAUAUCUAAUGCACUAUAGACUGUAGCUAGAUGAGUAAAACCAGCUUUGUGUUAUCAAUGGUCUGAAUGGUAGGUUAAGUAGCUUGUCGUUGGCUUUGGACAAUAUUUUCAUUUCAGAAUUACACUAUAAGAGUGUCUCGCUAUCAUUUUAAUGUUGUUGUUGUUGUCGUGGUGGUGGUUUUCUGGAAUAACAAGUAGCCAAUUUCUCCGGAUGAGGGUAAUACCUCAUCCCAUCAUCGGUUGACUUUUUGUACGAAAAGAUUGGAAGGAAAGGAGCCUUCUUCUUCUACUUCUUCUUCUUCUACUACUCCCCAGUGUGCAUUAGCUUCCCUUCACUGUUCAUAGUUAUACAGUACAGUAUAUUCUUUAUUCUGCUUCAAAUACUCGUGGUGGUGCGUCACAAUCUUUUCUCGCUGUUGCAAUGGUAAAUCAUGAAAACGGCUUUCAAAGUUGCGAGCCUUUUUGCUCAUUUCUUGUAGUUUCGGGUUUGUUUCCUGCAAAGUCUUGGCGUAUUUCCCAGAACAAACCCGAUUGGAUACCAAUUUUGCAGCUGUUUGUAUUGUGUUCUCCAAUAAUAUGACUGUUUUUCUUUUGUUGUUUUUCUUAGUGUAGAGAUUCGGGGUCUACAGUACAUCGUUUGUCCGUCUCGCAGUACAUUCGAGUCUUCAUUUAUACGUGAGGCUUCUUUAGUUCAUCCUGCUUAUUUCAUCUGGUGAUCACAACGUACGGUGAUCUUGUUAAUACAUGCAUAUAGUUUUCACUUAGCUGGGUCGUGGGUAAUUAAGUAACGGAGUCAUAUUUUUCACGGUGUAUCAUACAUGUGCAUACAGUACAGUACAGGCUUUGCAUUGAGGUGAAAACACAGGACAGAAAUGGUGAGGAUUGAUUGUAGUGUUUGUCUUCCUGGUUGUCUCCAGCAGUUUUUCUUUGUUCAUGCUUGAAAUAAGUCACAGUUUAGAAUAAAACCACUCAGAUUAUACAUAACAGCUUUUUAUUUGCGCUUCUACAGCACGCAUCCGUGUGAAACAGAUACCUUUCUGACAGAGAUAUUUAUAUAUACAGACAGUAUAUAUAUAAAUAUAAAUGUAUAUAAAAUAAUCGCCAUCUCCACACAGUUGAAUGCAUUUUUCCUUGCGGGAUAUCGGGAAUAUGCCUAUCAAGUGCCUAUCAGUACUUUCAGCAACUAUACAGAAUAGUUCCUUUCAUAGUUUUUCUCUCCUACAUUGCACAGAUACAAUAUAUACAGUACACGAUGGUCUAUUUAGUUAAAAGUAUACUACAGUAUUUAUAUGAGUAAAACCAGGUGGUUGUGAGAGCAUCCAAACCCUUUAAAAUACCAGAAAUGUUCUAUUCAUAUACAGUAAAAGCAGGUGUUGUGUUAUUUUACAUGUACGCUAUUCGGAGGAUUCAAAGAUAUCAAAGAUGCGCAAUCACUUCCAAAUGUUGAAAUAAUUCAAUGCAUCUUUUCAUAUGAAAUAGCAACACAUUCAACAUGUUUGUUUAUGCCUGUUAACGUGGCAUUGUAAGCUUUCAGUGUCAAAGUACACCGAGUACCCUUUGAACCUGAUACUAGAACGCCAUUGUAUAAAAAAUCUGUUGCCAAAUUCCUUUAUUGAGGAAUGCUUUAUCGUAUUGGGCCAUCUUAGCUACAAUGUAUCGAAAACAAACUAUAGCAAAGAUGUUUUUUUUCAAUAAUGGCUCUUUAGAGGAAAAGUUUUGUAAUCAGAUUAGAAAUUGGGCUGAAAACAACACAGGAUUAUUGCACAAAGGUCUCUAAAAGCGCUUUGUGUCGGACAUGAAGUUUUAGGAUGGCGAUGACGGUGUGGCUGUCAGAUUAAAGGUUUUGGACAGGCUCAUUAUUGUGUCCCCUGUGGACUAAUUACCACAAUUUCAUUCCCCAGCCUGGUCAACGUGCCAAAUUGAAAAUUUUAGGGGGGUGAGAACACUUCAAAUUAAAACUACUAUUGUUAAUUUCUACAAUGGACUAUUAGGGCCACAAUGAAAGGAAAAAAAUAAUUGUACAAUGAAGUCCUUAUCUUUUUUGAAAAAUUAAAGAUGCCGUCUUGUAAGGGGAAAAGGGUCAUUAUGUGAGAUUUUUUUUAAUUUACUUUGAUGAGUGAAAAAUUCCCAAAAGAAUAAACACAAUAGCAGAACACCCGUAGUUGCUGUUACUGCUGCCAGUGAUGAGUCAAAAUCUUGACCGUUCAAUGGCAGCCUGUCAGUCAGUUUUGAAAAUGAAGAAAAAUCACACAGCAGGUUAUAAACAAUGAAGUGAUUGCCCUCACUUUGGUUCUUGAAGUCCUCCAUGCGUCUUAUUUACUAGGAGAAAACAGCUAUGACUAUAAACAGAUACAUUUUUUUGGAAAGCUUAAUCUCAUUGACAUUCAAAAUAAGCAUAAUCGAUAUAGGCAACGUGAUAGCUCGUCCCUGUCAUCCAAUAAUCGCACACAGUCUUCUUCCACCCAUAUUUUAAUGUCAGUCUCAUUUCUAUGUCCCUUUUUCUCCUCUAUUACACAACCCUAUUCAGUUGGUUUCAAAGCAUCAGCUACCGCCGUCCGAUUAGUGUAACUCUAGCAUGUAGUCCUGUUUAGUCCCUAAAGCAGUGGUUCUCAAACGUUUUUACACCAAGUACCACCUCAAAAAAAAUUAAACAAUUUCUCGACAUUUUCAAUGAAAUUGCACAAUAUAUUAAAUUGUAAAGUGCGCCGGUGUUCUGUCGAUUUGCGCUCCCUCGUCAAAGUAAUUUUACCGUUGUUGAUAGCAGUUUAACUUUGAACAAAUCUACCUUAUGUUUUGACAUUUCUAUUGAGCAGAGGUGGGUAAAAUAGUCAAAAAUUGUACUCAAGUAAGAGUAGAGAUACUUUUAAAUCAUAUUACUCAAGUAAAAGUUAAUGUAGUCAUCCAAAAAUUUACUCUAGUACAAGUAAAAAAGUAUUCGUUGAAAAGAAUACUCAAGUAAUGAGUAACAUUAGGAGUAACUGCUUACAAUGUUCGUUUUUUAAAAAUAUCAUAGGAUAUUUUUUUCUCAGCAAAACUUCAUCGAUAUGAACUGUUGUUAUUAUUAUACCGCAUUAUGACCUAUUACAUGACCAAAUUAUGCCAAAAUGAUGACACAAUAAUCAUCUAAUUCAGACCAGAACAACAAUAUGAAACCUCACCCGUACAAAGAGCAUGAGUGCCCUCUAGUGGAGAAAAAAACAUUGUUAACUCUGAUUGGUAUCAUGGAGUCAUGUGGUUAUUGUUUCGACGUCUCAUUGGUGAAACUGAGACGGCCACUGUCGGCAUCUCUGGCAAUAAUUAGGUCAAUAUGUAGAAUAAAAACGAAAAAUGUAACAACUCUAGUGUAGCCCAAAGUAGUGGCGUAAGAGUAGUGUUUCUUCACAAAUCUGCUCAAGUAAAAGUAGAGUAUUGAUUGGUAAAGCUACUCUAAGAAGUACAUUUUUCUGAAAAAUGUAACUGAGUAAAUGUAAUGUGUUACUACACACUUCAGCUAUUUAGAUUUAUUAUUGAUAUAAUAUUAUACUCUGACCCCUCACUAUAUCAUGUUUCAAACUUCGCAGUCCAUCACAGAUUUAAAAAAAUAAAUAAAAUCAAGUAUUUUAUUGCAAAAUGUUAAGAUGUAUGCAUUUAUACAUGUACAAAUCAUUGUUUUCUUUUAUAUAUACUGUAUCUUAUUUAUAUCCUAAUUAUUACAUUUGCAGUGCUUAAAAAACAUUUAUUAAAAUAUACAGGAAUUGGACAAAAUAAGUGAAACACCUUAAAAAAACCAACAAAAAUCUAUUGAUUUGGUGUAGGUCCGCCUUUUGCGGCAGUUACAGCCUCAAUUCUCCGAGGUAUUGAUUCAUACAACUUGUGAAUUGUUUCCAAAGGAAUUGUAAGCCAUUCUUCAGUUAGAAUACCCUCUAAAUUUUUUAGAGACGAUGGCGGUGGAAAUCGAUGUCUUAAUUGAAUCUCUAAAACUGACCAUAAAUGCUCAAUAAUGUCAAGGUCUGGGGUUUAUGCAGGCCUUACGAGAUGCUAAACUUCAUUAAAAUGUUCCUCAUGACAUUCUUUAACAAUUGUGUUCAAUGAUUAUGAUUCCAAAAUGUUAGGUGUUUCCAUUAUUUAGUUCAACCGUUGUAAAUGUACAUCUAAAGAUUUUUGUUUGUUUGUUUUAUUUUUAGUUUUUUUUUUUGUUUGUUUUUUGUUUUUUUGCUAUUAUUAUUAUAUUUAGGGAAAAAAGGGAACAACUUAUGUCUUAUAUGUAUCUUUGUUCAAUGCAGUUAAAUCUGAAAAAAUACAUUGAACACACCAAAUAAAAAAGAUAUAUUUUUUUAAUGUAAAUAAGGUCUGCCCUUAACUUCUCAGAUUUUCAAUUUUCGUGUUGGAGGGGGGCGGUCCCUAUUAACCCCGACAAAUGGGGGAUCACUGUAUUAGAUAUUUAGAUACUCCCACAGUUAUCCCGCUAUUAUGUCAAUAUUCUAUCUUUAAAGAAUAAACAGCAUUAAAAUCCAGGUGACACACGUGUUUACUGCUUAUCACACAAUGUAAUGUAAUGUAAAAGGCACUAUAAAAUGAAUACACUUUAAAAAUAUUACUUGCAGCAACAACAACAGCAAAGACGUCGUAGUCAAAAUGGUAGCUGAACUCGAUUGACAUUUGACCUGCGAUGUGGUUCCCAUGUGCAUGCUCAGUAGCGCUUUGGAUAUCAAUUCCAUUGGGGAGCGUAAAUCGACAGAACACCGUUUGAACAUUACACUGUAUUUAUUAUAGAAAACCAAAAACUGUACCUAAAUACUGAUUCUAUGAAAAUAUAUUGCACAGUAAAGAAAGUACCUAUGUAAAUUUAUAAAAGAUUUUUUUUAGAUAUAAUUGAACUGUAUUUUAGAUUUGUUGUAAAUGCCUCUGUUGGGUUUAAUUUAGUGAAUCACAAGAGUAUAAUACCAAUAGUGGUACUUCCUUCUACCACAAUUUGAGAAUCACUGCUCUAAAGUACAUUCAUUUUGGUUUUGCUUACCUCUUAAGCAGCACAAUUGCAUUCCUGUUCAAUAUCGAACAUUCCAGCCAGCAUUCACACUAGAUGAGAAUAUACAAAUAACACAUUUAAUUGAAUCCGUCAUUUAUUUUUCACCUAGCAGAUCAUAAAGCUUGUGUCGACAACGCGUAAACAGUAAAAGCAGACGUCACGAAGACAUAAAAGAAAGAUUGUCGCGCUGGGCCCCGUUCAUUAUUUGAAGUUCAAUUGGCGAGGGGAGGCUGAACUAGACAACGUUGGUUCACACAAACCAAAGAAGGGUUGAGUAUAGAUUAAGGGAGUAUUUGGGAGAAAAGAACAUUUAUUUAUCUGGUGAUUUUAUUUUGCUUUUCUUCUGAAAGGCAGAGAGUUUAUGUUUGUAGUUUUGUGCUUGUCUAUAGUAGGUUUUUUAUUUAAAAUGUAACAUCUUUAAAAUGAAAAAAUAAUACACCCUUUUGAAAUUCGAACAUUUGAAAGCAUAUGUAUUAUUCCGAAAAAUGCUUUUCAUUAAUGUGCCAUUCCCACCUUUAACUCAACGUAGACCCCUCACCUUCACUUUUACAUGAAAUUUUUUUUUUUUUUUUUUACUCCUUUGUCAAAUGUACUCUUUGUACUUGCUCUCCAUUUUAAAUCCCUUCAACAAUAAAACUAAUAUCACAACUGAUAAAAACGUUUAGCCAUUUAUACUUGAGAUGGACCAAGAUGUUAAGUUUGCACGUAUUUCUAGGUUCUGAAGCCAAAUAAAAAUUAUCUUCAUGCUCACGGUAGCAACAAAAGAAAAAAAAUCCAAUUGAAAUGUGCUCCAAAACCUGUGAUCAAUAUGAAAUAAUGUAUUUUUGUAACAACAAAACACCAUCCUUCAAGGUUUUUCUGGCAAUUUGUUAGCGAGUCUUUGGUAUCAUGAAAUCGAAUUGCGGAUUGGUCUAAAAAUUGAAGGCACAAAUUGCUUCAAUUUACAUGAUGGGCGCCUUCUUGCCCAUUUUUUUUUUUUAAUUAUUAUUAUUUGCUGCACUAUCUUGUUUGUAGAUGAGAUGCUAUUUUGUAAACUAAGAUGUUGCUUAUGUGUAUAUUUUGUUAGACUUUGUUUUUUGGCUAAAUUAUCUUUCUUCUUCUUAUAAAUCCCCCCCGGUCCCCCAAUCCCCCUGAAAGAAACAUAACUUGGCAGAAGUGGAGCUGUUGUAGUAAAUUGUUGUUAAUGAUUAACAUCAAACUAAACAAACCCUGAGAUAUAUGCUGCAGUAACGUGUUUUGAAAUUUGUUUUUUUAGUAAUUUAUCCUCCAAGUUGAUAUUUUAUUGUUCAUGUUAUGAAACGAGCUUGUUUAAAAUAUUUUGACUGCUGUUCUGAAAUAGGGGGAAACAUUUUUUAAAAUGUAGUAUGUGCACGGACGUUUGGUUUGUUUUUAAUAUAUACUAAUAUGAUUUGUCAAACACUGGACUGGAGUGAGAUUUCCAACAUUUCUAAGUUGAGCAAUGUAUUUGAUAGACAUGACUGCACAGGACGUGGGAGGGAGGGAAGGACGGGGCUUUGUUGUUAAAACUAAUUGAUUGCCAUUGACGGGUAUAGACGUCAAGUUUAUUUAUACUGGAGCAAACUUGUUUGAAUUCACAAUUAAGGGGCGAGACACACGGGAAGCGAUAGUGAAAGUCGCCAUUCAGCUGAAAGCCAACACACGGGGCUCGAUGCGACUGCAGCGGCAAGCGACACGCAACGCUCUCUGCCUGUGGGUCAUUGUUCGUCUCUGAUUGGCUAUGAAUUUUUAGGGUAUUUCAAAAUUUCCAGUCUUUUCUGAGCGCCAACAACUCCCCGUACAGCUGCUUUUUAAAAAAAAAUAUUUAUAUCCCAGAAAUCAUGUCGAGAGGUAUCGUAAAGUAUGUGCUGGUCGCACUAUGCUAAAAUGAUACACUCCUCUUUGUUGAGUUUUUUUUUUUUUUUUUUUUUUUUAAUGGCAAGCAACAUUUAUUGAAACUUGUAAAGAACAUCAAAAGUACAUACAAGAUAGGCCCGCACAAUAUAUUGUUUGAACAUCGCCAUCACAGUGUGCGCAUUCGCACUAGUCCCAUCGCAGGACGCGCAAUUGUUUUUUGUUUUUUUGGGACCCCUUUUAGAUACGCCUAUCUUAAUAAUUCACAGAUAAACACCCUUAGCCGGGAUUAAACAAUAUUAUAUGAAUACCAGGGAUGUUCCGAUAGCAUAUUUUUGCACCCGUGUCCAAAUCCGAGUCACCUGAUUCCAUCUGAGUCUUGAUCCAAUACCGAAAAAAGUUAGGUUUUUUUGCUUUGACGCUCACGUUGCCGAGAACAGCCUCUCACUUACACAGUGAAUGAAUUGCCACGGCACACUUCAAACUGUGUACCGAGCUUAACGAUGAUUAACACAUUUGUGCCUUUGAUCGUAGAGCUACCGAGGCGUCUCUGGGCAGAUCAAAGCUGCAAACCUGUCAAUCAUUCUUAAUUUUAAGUACCAAACGCUAGCUGCACUGGUGACCAAGAAAGACAGUUUGAUCUGGCUGCUUAGUUAGUGUUAGCAGCGACACUGCUAGCAAGAUUUACAAAUUCCGAUCAGAUUAACACAAACACUUCCCUUGGCUAAAACGAGAAGACAAUUUUAUCUUCUGUAAAUAUUGCAAAGGACAGAAGGUUCGUGUUCCCGUGGUCAAAUGAGCGCACCUGGGUAAUCCAAGCAUUACCGUAAAUGCAUUCAGACCGAGCGGCAAGGUUCCUUAGCAGGAGGGAGGGUGAGAGGCAAUACAUUUUUUAAAUUAAAAACAAGAUCCUCUUAAAAAUUGCGCGAACAACUCAAUUUCUGAUUCACGUGAUCGGAUCGGGACAUCUCUAAUGAAAACAAUGUGAUCAUAGUGAGUGAACCAAAGUCUUCCCAGAGUAAAGUCAUCUGGUGAAAAUCCUUCUAGGGGUAAUAUCGCUAUAUGGCGGAAAACACUCAGAUGGCUUGAAGUUCCGCUCUAAGACCCCCAAUUUGGCCAAAUUUCAAAAUUGUGCUAUAUGCAUAUGUGAUACAUCAUUGGAAAGCUUAAAAUCUUAAUUUUCUGGGGGAAGAAACAUUUUGGGAACAGGAGGGCAUUUUUUGAAUUUUUUUUUUUUAAACAAUAAACCCUAACUGGAGGUGAGAGCAUGAGAGAGCAUAAUUAAAGACGCCAUGAUUUUAACGACAUAUUAUCGGGUACUUCUUUUCGAUCCAAAAACUCCAUGUAGCAUGUAUCACUGAGUGUCAAGACAAGGCUUUGAAUGGCCACAGCCAGAUUUUGGGGGGAUUUUAUGGGUGGGUGAAACAUAGUAAUAUAACAAGGGUCGCGAUGCAGAAAUCACAGACAUCAAGCAGUGGUCGAGAUUUUCUUUUUCAAAUAUUUACCCAUUUAAACUAAAUAUUUUUCAGUUUUUCUGUGUUUGGAUUGAUUAUUUAUCAUCUAAAAUAUUGGGCAAAAUGCGACAGUAAUAAGAAAAAAAAAAUACAAUUACGCGUUAGUUAUGAGGUAGAUAUCCGUGACUUAUUUACAGACACCAUUUUUUUCAUUGUGACGUAAUUUGUUUAAAAGUUUCAAAUAUCCAAGUGAAUAAUUUUUUAAAGCCGUUUUUUUUUUUUUUUAAGUAAAUAUUAGACAUCAAUUAAUGAUUCUAAGCUAAAAAUGACAGAGAUUUCGAAUAAUAAAUAUAAUUACAUACCUUCUUUUUAUGGCUGGGUCGAAAAAAAAGCGGUUCCGCGACGUCUGUAAACAGGAGCUUUCCAGUGUAAAUCGGACAGAAUAAAAAUAAUUCGGGGGCUUAAUGCGCCAUGAAUCUGCUAUGGCAGCAUAUAGACAUAGUGUUCUGUUGAACAAAACAGUUCUUUUGGCUUAAAAUACAGCAGUUUAUUUUAAAAAGGGGUGCAAGAGCAGAAACUGCUUUUUCAGCCUUGUCUGUUUUCCGCCAUAUAUAUAUCGCAAAAACGCCAAAACUCGCAAUGUCAGUUCUUUCAAAUUUCGUUCGUGAGAGCAAAAAUUAAAUAUCCAUAUUGACAAAGUUUUUAGUCAUUUUUUUGCCCCCAUGUUGACAAAGUGUGGCUUGUCUAUUUCAAUUUCCGGGUUUGCCAGUGUCCUUGCAGUUGAUUUUUCGAUCAAUAAAUCGGUUGUUGAUUGGUUGUAGUGCCAGGCGACAGAAAUGGAAUCAUUUCCUAUUUUCUUAUAUCGCGUCGCUGGUCCAUGUGUGUAUGUAUAUGUGCACGAACUUCGCGAGUCGUUUUGCCGCAGGAGCUUUUCGCGCUCGUGCCAUAGAAAAGCGAACUACGUCGCCUCCCGUGUGUCUACCCCUAAGAAUGGAGCCAUAUUUGGCUCUAGAGCCACAGCUUGCAGGCGUCUAUCAUUGUCAAUGGUACUGAAAGAGGUAAAGUGAGACGUCAAAACAUUUCCUAUGUAUGGGGUGAGGGUGUAUACCCGUAGAUGAAACCCACUCUACUAAAUUGUUGCUUGGUAACAGCAUGAAAAAUGAAUUCAAUUCAUUGAUUUUGGACAAUUGCGAGGAUUCGCUUGUUGCUUGGCAAUUGAGUCCAACACUUGCUUGAUAUAUAUAUUCUAUUAACAAUUUUGAUUUCCCAGUUUGGUGCCCAUCUCACCUGAUGACUGAUUGCAUUGAUUAAACAACACAAAGGGAAAUUCCAUGUGAGAAACAGACAGAUAGGACGCCGUCUCGCGAUGGUGAAGCUGACUACGCCAAUUCUCAUUGUUCCACUUUCUCAAACCAGAAAAGAAAUUUGCACUAUAGACUCAUUUUGGUCUUCUUCUAAUCAAAAAGCAAUAUAGUUCACUAAACACCUUGUCGAAACCAUUGUUGUUUGCGGGCGUCCGUGCGCGGUACACCAUGUUUUUCACAUUUGAGGGGCAUUAAAGUGUCGUUUCCUCCUGUGGUCGUUUUUUGACAAAUCAAAGCAGAUGUUGAGGUGAAUGAGAUGUGAUGUCAAUGAGGGAAGGGAUCCAUUAUGAGUCUAAAUCCAAUAUUCAUUUGUACACAAACAAAAAGAAACACAGCGUAUUUGGUCUAUUUGUGUGUUGUUGUUUUUUUUUUUAACAUUGUUUUAAUCUAGAAUGUUCCAAAAAAAUGAAAUGCACCUUUUUUUUGUGAUAUUACCUUCAUUGACUGCAUCCACCAAAUCAAUUUUUCUGUCCCACCAAUCAAGGUCCGACCUUGACGCAAAUUAUCGUCACCGUCAUACGCAGCAUAGUAGCUUUUCUUCCUGUCGCCAUCACUUUGUUUGAUGUCGCGGUUCGUCUAAAUGUUGCGUGUUCGAGGAAGCAUAAGUACGUGCCUUCUUGUAAUCUCCUUGUUAUUAUUGAAAAGCUGAAGCCAGCCAAUUGUGUUUGCACUAAAAACCAAAUUGCUUUUUUUUUUUUGUUUGUUUCGUGAUGUAGACUAUUUUAAAGUGAGCUUGUUGCGUCACUUUAAACUGUACAAGUAUGCAUGAGGGUAGAUUGGCUCAUCUGUCCACCUGUAAACAAAUCCAGUGCAGCUUCUUGAGAAUCUUGUGAAUAUAUCUCGGCUUUCGACUCCAUCUCCUUUAGUCAUCCAGUUUGUCACAAUUUCUAUUGUUAAAAAAAAAAAAAGAGGGGAAAAAAAUGUAAUUAAAAAAACACACAGGCAACGCCAUAACUACAAUACAGCUUUUAUUUUCACAUGCCACGAGAAGAGAGUUACACAAUCUUUUUUUUUUCCAAUCCACGGGAAAGCAUGAGGUCGCCUCAAGACUAUUGGUCAAUUUUAUUUUGUUUGACUUGUAUUUAUUACAUAUUUUGUCAACAUUUAAGGGAAAAAAAUGUGUAGUCUUAAAAUGCACCUUAUUCAUGUUAGUCCAUGUGGGGAAGACAAAAGAAUAAUGACUUUUUUUUUUUCCUAGAAUAAAAAAAAAAAAGGCUGGCAAUGUAAUAUCUCUAAUUUAGCACCUUACUACACAGCAUGUUUUCACUUUAUGCCAGUUUAGCUCUUCUUUCGUUUGGAAUCUCAUAUUCGUGUGACUUGUUCAUUCGUGGGAUGUGCCAAAGUUUGGAGGCGAUCUCCCCAACUGUUGACACUUAUCUUUUUUUUUUUUUU